AUGAUAGCAUCACGUUGUGUCUCGUCUGGAAUUUCCGCUGCGUCUGGUGAAGGAGUUGAUGUUAUUGUUUCUGUUGAUGACGCCGAGGCAGUUGAUUCUGUUGAUGAUGCUGUUGCAGUUGAUUCUGUUGAUGAUGCUGGUGCAGUUGAUUCUGUUGACACCGUUGCUUCGGAUGAUGAUGCUGGUGCAGUU